AUGGCAACCUCCAUCACAUCCACCAUCAAGCUGCCCAGCGGUUUCGAGAUCCCGCGGCUGGGUUUUGGAGUCUAUAAAACUCCCCCAGAAGAGACAGAGAGAUGCUGUCGCCAGGCACUUGAGGCCGGCUAUCGCCAUAUCGACAGUGCAGCAGCAUACAAGAAUGAAGCAGAUUGCGGCGCAGCAAUUCGUGCCUCUCCGAUUCCCCGAGACCAAAUCUUCUUUACAUCCAAAGUCAUCGACAUCAGCUACAAUGGUGCCAAGGAGCAGGUCGACAAGACGCUCUCCUCAACAAAACUCGACUACAUCGACCUCAUCCUCCUCCACAAACCCAUGGGAGGUUCUGAGAAUCGCAAGGGAGCAUGGAAAGCACUCGUUGAAGCCGUCGAAGCAGGCAAAGUCCGCUCCAUCGGGGUAAGCAACUACGGCGUGCACCACCUCAACGAACUAGAGACACACAUUCAGGAACUCGUGACCGAACGCGGUGGCAAAGGCAAAGGCGGCAUUGUGAGUAUCCACCAAGUCGAGCUACACCCGUGGCUAGGGCGGAAAGAUAUCGUCGACUGGUGCACGCAGCGGGGCAUCUUCAUGCAGGCGUAUUGCCCCGUUGUGCGCGGUGCGCGCUUCGGAGAGGCUAGCGUGACGAAGCUGGCGGACAAGUACGGCAAGACGCCAGCGCAGGUGCUCAUCCGGUGGAGUCUGGAUAAGGGAUUCAUCCCGUUGCCGAAGACGGUUACACCGGAGCGCAUUGUGGCAAAUGCGGAUGUGUUUGAUUUUGCCUUGACCGAGGACGAGGUACGGGGUCUGGAGACGGAUGAGUACAGUCCUGUUGCGUGGGACCCGACAGUUACCAAGCUGGAGGAGUAG